AUUGUAAUAUGCACCCAGGGGCGUAUUUACCACAAGGCAAGCAAGGCAUUUGCAUAGGGCGGCAUUUUUUUAGGGCAGCACUGCCCCUGGAAGAAGGGACAUAUGUGGCAUGGGGACCAGGUGGGAUCCGAGAGAGGCUGUGGGCUGCUUAAUGGUGUAUGCAAAGCCUAACUGUCAUUCCUGCGGAUGCCCAGAGCUGUGAAGGCGAGUAUCUUUCUCUCUGUUGCUGUGGGGGGCGGGGGGGGUGUUAGUGGAAGGCUCUCUUGGGUGGGGGUGGGGGUGUCAGGCUCUCUCCGCUGGGGGG